GGAGGAGGAGCGGACUGAAUGGAGGCCGGCCGGCGGUGACAGACCGAAGAGGACUCUGACAGGAGUGUGCAGCUAUGGAGCUGGGUGUUACUAAAACAAUGCUAGCUGGAGGUGUUCUGGUUCUGCCUGUCCUGGCCUUCAUCACCUCCUUCGUCUUCUGGCCCGGAGCGCUCCUUAAGGCCUACAACUGGUACUGGCGCCGCAGGCUGGGGCUGGUGGUCCGCUACUCUCACAGUGGAAGUUACCGCUUCUGUUAUUCCAGCCGUGGGACGCCGGGGGGCGCCACACCAUCGAUGCUGCUGCUGCAUGGCUUCUCCGCCACCAAGGACAUGUGGCUGCCCGUCGUCAAGCACAUCCCCAGGAACCAGCAUGUGGUGUGCGUGGACAUGCCGGGACACGAGGGGACAAGUCGCACCUGUGCUGAGGACUACAGCAUCCAGGGCCAGGUCGGCCGAAUCCACCAGUUUGUGCAGAGCAUCGGUCUGGAUAAAAGACCCUUCCACCUGGUCGGCACAUCGAUGGGUGGGAACGUGGCAGGGGUGUAUGCUGCCCGCUACCCUGCUCACCUGUCCAGCGUCAGCUUGGUGUGUCCCGCAGGUCUGGUUUAUCCCACAGACUCUGAGUUCAUCAUUCGUCUGAGGGAGAUGGAGAAGAGUCAGGAGGAGGAGGAGGCGAUUCCUCUGAUCCCCACCACUCCUCAGGAGUUGGAGAACAUGCUGAGACUCUGCUGUCACACCUCCCUCAACCUCCCCCGACAGGUCAUGCGAGGUCUUCUGGACAACAGGAUCCCCAACAAUGAUUUCUACAGAGAAGUGUUCAUGGAGAUCGUCGGGGAGAAGUCUCGUCACUCGCUGCAGGAAAACCUUCAUCUGAUCACGGCGCCUCUGCAGGUCAUCUGGGGGAAGGAAGACCAGGUGCUGGAUGUUUCGGGGGCAGCUGUGCUGCAGGCGGCGCUGCCCGGCUGCCAGGUGGAGCUGUUGGACAACUGCGGUCACUCGGUGGCGUUGGAGCGACCCAGGAAAACCGCCAAUCUCAUCAUGGACUUCUUGUCUGCACAGGAAGUCACCGGGGAAGACGCUAAGAAACAUUCCUGAAGAAAACUUUUGAACUCUACACCGACCCCUGACCUCACAAUGGAUGAUGUAGGCGAGGAGACUGAUUGUUAUGAUGAAGAUGAUGAGGAUAAUGAUGAUGGAGGUAAUGAUUGUGGUAUUGAAACUCUUUUAUAGGUUAUUGUGAGACUUUUCUACGACAACGUAUGUGAAAAUUAAACGAACGCACAAAAAUUCCACUUAUCAGCAUAUACCUAUAUAUGUGUUUACUAGGUUGGAUCUUACACAGCUCUACUGUCAUCUCUGUUUCAGAUGUUAAUGUUGAAUGAAAACAUUUUAGGAUUUUGCACAUUUCUCUUUCAGUAAACUGUAUUUCAGUCUCUGUUUCACUGAAUGGUUGGUGUCUGUAUGUGUGUUACGUCUCCCGCUGGGACCUGACUGCAUAUUUAACCUCAUAUGAAAAACAUUGCAGGUGAAUGAGUGUGAUUUAUGUGUGAUUUUUAUCCUGUUUAGAAAGUAAAAAAGUUUGAUAAAUGAAGUGAUUCAGUCCUUUUAACACUUUUAGUACAAAGAGUGUGUAUGACUACAGAAUUAAAACCAAUUAAGUGAAAAUGAUUGAUUGAUUGAUUGAUUGAUUGAUUGAUUGAAAACUUGGGCGCUAGUUUUUGUUUUUUUCAUUUACCAGACCACUGGGGGACACAUGUCUCUAGCUCUAUCAAGAAUUUCAAAGAGGAGAUAAUUUUGUCAAGAUGUAUCACUCCACAGCAACAAGUUGUCUAUCUUGUAUUGUGCAUGUGACGUGUAUUACAGUGGUAGGCAAAUAGAAAAUCUGGCUCUUCAACAAAAACAUUUGGCCUCUUAAUGAAAGUUUAAGUUUUUACUUUCUUUGUUUGCAUCAAAACCUUUGCAUAUUUUUGUUUACAUUAACCUGCUUCAGGUCACAAUGUAAAUAUGAAAGUUGUUUAACUACCAAUAAAACUUGUAGCAAGAAAUGUA